AUGUAUCACAUGAAAAACAUUAUAGCUUUUGAAGAAGAAAUAGUGUUGCCAAAGUGCAUGUAUCGUUUAAAAAAUCCCAUCGACAUUAACGAAAAGGAUACAGAAAUCAAUAUAUGUGAUCAGGUUACCAAAUUUCUUAAGAAAAUGCCUAAUAAUCAGAAUUUUGAUUUAGAACAUAGACAAGAUAAGUUAUUACAGAAAUUAGAUGUCCUUUAUGACAGAAUUAAAAAGAUAAGUGUACUCUGUUUGCUAAAUGAUCAAUCAACCAAAUGUGAAAUAAGACAAAAAAAUAUAGUGGAUACAAAAGAACAAGAAGAAAUAGUUAUUAUUCUAAAUUCUGACAACCUGCCAUGGUUUUUGAACAUAUUUUUAAAAAACCUUCAGACACUUAAUGUCAAAUGGCAUAUACAUUCUUCUGUUUCUAACGCACAAGUAAACAAAAUAAAGGCAUUUUUUAAAAGAUUCCAUAACUUAUACCAGUUACAAGCAGAAUCAAAAAUCAACAUAAGGUUGAUAUUCAAAUGUGAUUCAACAACACCGGAACUAAAAAUUUCAUCCUUAGAUGUACCCAUUCUUGGCAAUGUAAAUAUAAUAAGAUAUUUGUGUCUUACAUACAAUGAUAUUGUCCCUUAUGACUACGAAAAUUAUGAAUUAGAUGGAUUUCUAGAUAUCUGUCAUCAACUUGAAAAUGCUGCAGACAAAAAGAAAGAAUUCUUUAUUAACACUAUAUUUAUGAACAACAAUAGCUCUAAGAGCUGGAUUAAUAAUAAUAAGUUUUCCAUAGCUGACUUAGCAAUUUUUAAUGCUAUAAAACAGUUGCAAACUGGAACUAAGAAUGUACCUCAAAAAUGGCUUGAUGAUUGUGAAAAAAUUAUUUUA